AUGAGGUCCUUCGCUCUUCUCGCCCCGGCUCUCGCUGCCGCCACCCCCAUCCUCAACCCCCAGGUCACCUCCGACCUCCCCGACCCCACCGACAUCCAGAUCAUCAGCGCCACCUGGUCCGGCAACGGCUGCCCCUCUAACUCGGUCUCCACCUCCAUCUCUCCCGACCGCACCGUCAUCACCUUCGGUUUCGACGCUUUCCAGACCUACAUCGGACCCGGCGUCAGCGUCCAGGAGAACAACAAGAACUGCGCUCUCCACCUCAACCUCAAGUACCCCGGUGGCUUCCAGUUCGCCGUUGUCGACUCCACCUACCACGGCUUCGCUCUCCUCGAGGAGGGUGUCACCGGCUCCUUCUUCUCCACCUACUUCUUCUCCCAGGACGCCUCGGCGACGACGACGACCCGCACCGUCAUCGAGGGUGGCGGCAUCUGGGCCGACGGCCAGGUCUACACCAAGGCCGACUCCCCCGAGGCCUUCGGUUCCAUCACCGACGAUGAUGCCACCAUCGCCUUCACCCAGCAACUCAACCUCAACUGGCGCAACUGCCCCGAGUAA